UCUUGACGAGGAGGAGCUACAUUUCUGGGGAUCUUGUCAGGCAAGCGAUCGGUUGUUUAGGAGCUAGCGAGCGUGGCUCCAGCGGGAUUGAAGUUCCAGCAUUUUGGUGCCGUGAAAAGAUGAUCGACAAGCUUCCCCGGUGGUAGAAGCGCUCUAGCAGGGAAAAUCUUACGCUAGUUGGAUUGGAUGGCUCGGCCAGCUCAGGUGAUAAUAGACGAAGACGACGACGACGAAGAUGGGGAUUUGCUUGUAGACUGGAAAGCAUCGUCUUCUUCCAUCCUUGCGAGUGCCUCUGCCAGCAUUGCCAUUGCUACCACCACCGCCACCACCGCCACUAGAACAUUGAAAAGUUCUUGUGGUCUUUUUUCUGGAGGAACCAGCGUGAGCAAUGUGUUGUGUUUGGAUUCGGACUCGGAUGGAUCGGUCCCCAUUGCUGUUGUUCUAGGCACGCAGACCAGCUCCGUGGAUGAUCCUCGAGAAAUCAAAAGAAGAAAGCUGGAGCAAGAGAAAGAAGCUCGAAAGGAGGAACGAGCUGCGAGGAAGCAGGCAAAGGAAGCUGAGAAGCAAAGGCUGAAGGAGGAAAAGCGGCAAAAAAAAGAGGCCGAAAGAUUGGAGAAGGCAAGAGCUAAGGAGAAAGCAGCGCAAGUACGAACGCAGGAGCAGCAAAAGGCGAAAUGGGAGAAAGGCAAGUUCUCGGCUGAGAACACUGUUGCGAUAAUCGAUUGCAAGGUCGCAGAGAAUGGACUGAUUGGAGGCCAGUUGCUGAAUCGUCUCGCUGGUAAAGAGCUGAAGUUCUCGCUCAGCUCGAAUCCAAUAUCGGGGAGUAUCAUCUGGAAAACAAAGAGGCUAGCAGAGAGUUUUGACACGGAAAAUGACGAGAUAGAGCUCGAGGAAGUCGACGUGCCUUACGUCCUUCUCGUGUUUGGAGCGGAAGAAUUCUCAUCACUGCUUUGCCAAGGCUCGCUGGAUGUACACGUUCGUCGAGUCCAGGCACAGUAUCCUGGAUUUACCGUGUGUUAUCUCGUCAACAAGCUCCACUGGUACUUGCAGAAGAAAGAUCAAGAGCAGUUUAAACGCGGAGAAAGUGAAUGGCUCCGGCCAAACGCAGACAAGGCGCUGGCGGAGCUCGUGACAAACUACUGUGGAGUACAUUCUCGCCUGUGUAUCGAUGAAGCUGAAGUGGCGGAUCAUGUCAUCGCUCUCACGCGGAGCUUGAUAGAAUGUCCUUACAAGCAAAGGCUCACGUCUCUUUCUGUGAGCAAGAAUGGAGAUCAUGUCGUGGACAAGGAUCCCAACAAGGAAGUGAUCAAGAAGAGCAGCUGGCUGAAAACUCUGGUUGCGAUUCCAAAGGUUUCCGGAGCGGCUGCAAUCGCGAUAUCCAAACGCUAUCCUUCGUUUCGUUCGCUCUUGAACGCCUACAUGGAUCCUUCAAUGACAGUGCAUGACAAGGAACUUUUGCUUCAAGACCUGGAGAAGGAGGGAGCUGACAGCCGAAGGCGUGUCGGUCCAGCGUGCUCGAGACGAAUCUACCGAAUUCUCAUGGCUCAAAAUGGCGAUCUUAAAACGGAGGAUGUGGAAACCGGAGCGGAUCAAUUUGAUUGCGAGUGAGAAACCACUCAACAAGCUAGGAUCAAAGUAAUCUAACAGCAAACUCUGGUUACGAAACGAAACGAAGUUUCAUCCAAGCAAAACACUCAAGUCCUUGUAUAUUUUUUCAGCAACUUCAUCCCGGUUUUUCUUGUCAAGUGUGAGAACUGCUACCCCCGGAAAGCUCACGACCUUCUCCACUGCAAGAUGAACCGAGCCUAAGAUCACAGCAUUACGACGCUGUAGCAAUGCUUCCACGGCAGGAAAAAACUUUGGGCUGAAGAGCUCCAUCUUGCCAACUUCGUCGAUCACAAAAAGCUGGGUGUCUUCCAGUGGCUGCGAAACGCAAAAGCAUGACAAACUGUGAAGUUCUACCGCAGCAUAUAUUUACCUCUAGCUCGGGCAAUGCGAGAGCUUCAAAGCCAGGAACAUUCACCUUGUAUCGUCCCACCAUAGGAAGCCGGCUACAUUGUAAAAAUCAGAUUUUUACACGAACAAGUUCUCGAGAUACCCUGGAGAAUUGAUCGAAGCUAGCAUUUCCUUGCGUCCUCCAUUAAAAGCGAUGACUUCGAA